GUCACAGGUCAAGACCAAGAACUUUAGAGAGGCUCGUGACAAAGGAUGACCAAUACUCUGACAGCUUAGAGCACGGAUGAAAUAUAUGAGUGUGAUCAGCGGGGAGAAAUGUGGUGUCCGUCACACAUAUCAUGUGUGUAUGGGGGGCGAAAAAAUUAUUACGUUUUGCUUUGAUGUAGUGAAUUCUGUGCAAGACUUUGAACUGAAUUUAACCUAACUGAGCAAGGGGGGAUGGUUAAGCCAUCAAAUUGCCUGUCAAAAGAGGAAGGAGAUCACCUAUUUUAUUUUUGUGUCGUGGUAAUGCGUGAUAGUUUACUAGACAAUUGUAUUGUAAAGAGGUUGGUGAUUACGUAUGAAAUGUAUAUCGACUGUCCUUUCGGUUUUCUCCUAGUGCAGCCAUGUCUGAUGUAGAGGAGGAAUACGAGGGGGAGCAGGCGGAAGAGGAGGUCGAGGAGGAGCCAGAAGAAGAACCGCAGGAGGAGGAUGAAGGAGAGCAGGAAGCUCAGGAGGAGGAAGAGGAGAAACUCCCCAUACCCAAGCCCAUGGUGCCCCAGCUAGCCCCUCCCAAGAUUCCAGAGGGGGAUAGGGUGGACUUUGAUGACAUCCACAGGAAGAGGAUGGAGAAGGACCUCAUUGAGUUGCAGAGUCUGAUUGAUGUCCACUUUGACCAGAGGAAGAAGGAGGAGGAGGAGCUCAUUGGGCUGAAGGACCGAAUUGAGAAGCGUCGGUUUGAGAGGGCAGAGGUGCAGCGAGUUCGAGCGGAGAAGGAGCGGGACCGGCAGAACAGGAUUGCGGAAGAACGGCAGAGAAAGGAAGACGAGGAGGCUAAAAAGAAGAACGAAGACGAGGCCAAGAAGAAGAAGGUUCUUUCCAACAUGGGGGCCAACUUUGGGGGCUUCCUGCAAAAGGCGGAGCAUCGCGGGAGAGGGAAGCGUCUAACGGGGAGAGAGAUCAAGAAGAAGACCUUGUCCGAGAGACGACCCACACUGGAGAUCGACAACCUGAGAGAGGACGCCCUGAAGCAACAAGCUCAGGAGAUGUGGAACUGGAUCUACGCGCUGGAGUCGGAUAAGUUUGACUUCAUUGACCACAUGAAGAAACAGAAAUAUCAGAUUAUCGUUCUCUUGAAUAGAAUCACGAGUGCCCAGAAAUUUAAAAAGGUCCAUGGUAAGGGGAAGGUUGGCGGUCGGUGGAAGUAAAAGAAGCUCCCGCUCUCAUAGAGCAGAAGGGAGAAGACGACUUUGGAGGGAACAAGAAAGGAGGGAGAUCCCACCAUCCCCUCUUCCAUAUUUCCUCUCUUGUUGUGGCCACCCUCUUCAUUGGC